UUAAAGAUCCAUUGCAUUCAAGGCCUUCCUUCAACUGUAUACAGACUCCUCACAUUUAUUGAACCCUUCCCACCCCUCUCUCGCUCACCGCCUCUCAUUAAUCCUUUUUUUCCUUUGCUCCAUCGAUCGAUCUUCCAAUUUCCAUCCAUCCUUCGAUCUAUUUCCCCCACGUAAAAAGCAAUAUUAACAUGUUGCUUAUUUCAUCCAAAUUGGUUACCCUUUAAUUCAAUAUUUCCCUCACCACCCACCCUUAUUUUAUAUAUAUAUAUAUAUAUAUAUAUAGCUCUAGUAAUUGAUCCAACUUUCAACCACGUACGUCAUGCAUUCAUAGUUUACUUGUAUUAUUAUUAUUAUUUAUUACUAAUUAGAUUUUGUGCUGCAGUUUACAGUAGUUGAACUGGCCUAUAUAUAAUAUAACCACCUUUUUUCACCAUAUUCCAUCACUCUUGUGUAAGAGAGAGAGAGAGAGAGAGAGAGAGAGAAGAAGAAGAAGAAAUUAAGCUAUGGUUUCCUUGCAACCAACCCUUUCUCCAAGCCGUAGAAAGGCAAUCUCAUCUGAUCAGUAUGAGAAUUUAUCGAAGAAGAGGAAGUUACAAGAGGGGUUUGCAGCACAAACCCAACAAAUUUUCGAGAAGCGAUCGAAAGGAGGGGAAUCCACAAAAUUCUCCACGCUUGUUGAUAUCGAGCUACACCUUGACACCCCUUUGCCUUUGGAGUGGCAACGAUGCCUUGAUAUCCAGUCGGGUCAGAUACACUUUUACAAUACGAGGACCCAUAAGAGAACAUCAAGGGAUCCAAGGAGGAGGAGCUCUGAUGAUGAUGAUGAUGGUGGUGAUGAUGUUGGUGAUGAUGAUGAUGAUGAUGAUAUGAGCUUAGAGCUGCAACUGAACCUACCAUGCGAGUCACUCAGAAAGAGCUGGAAGCCUGCUGCUUCAAGUCAUGAGCCGUUGAUGAUCAUGGAAUCCAGGAGACAAGAUGAUGAUCAGAAGAAAAAGAUGGGAGCAGGGGAUGAUUAUAACCAAGAGAUGAUAGCGACUGUUUGCACGCGCUGUCACAUGUUGGUAAUGCUGUGCAAAUCCUCCCCUGCAUGCCCCAGCUGCAAAUUCAUGCACCCACCCUAUUCAAGACAAGCUCUACCCUCUUGUGCUGCUACAAAAUAAGAGCGUCUUUUAAUAAUUAGCUUUAGGGCUUUUCGCAUCGAUCUGCUACCUCCGGUCCUCCAACGUACCUUCCUUUUUCUUCUUCUUCUUCUUCACAAUAUUGAAUCUGUCUAGCUUUCAAGGCAAAUUAAGUAUCUUGCAUAAAUAGUGUAAAUAUACAAAGUGCUUUUAUAUAUAUAUAUAUAUGCACCUUUUCCAGUCUG